CGUCUCGCGCAGUUCCGCCAUGGCCUCCGAGGAAGCGAGCGGUAGUCCUCGUAGGUCUCGGCGUGAGCCGGAGGGGCGCGCCCCGCGACAGGACAAGUAUUCAGUGCUUUUGCCCACCUACAACGAGCGCGAGAACCUACCGCUCAUCGUAUGGCUGCUGGUGAAAAGCUUCUCCGAGAGUGGAAUCAAUUAUGAAAUUAUAAUCAUAGAUGAUGGAAGCCCAGAUGGAACAAGGGAUGUUGCUGAACAGUUGGAGAAGAUCUAUGGGUCAGACAAAAUUCUUCUAAGACCACGGGAGAAAAAGUUAGGGCUAGGAACUGCAUAUAUUCACGGAAUGAAACAUGCCACAGGAAACUACAUAAUUAUUAUGGAUGCUGAUCUCUCACACCAUCCAAAAUUUAUUCCUGAAUUCAUUAGGAAACAGAAGGAGGGUAAUUUUGACAUUGUCUCUGGAACUCGCUACAAAGGAAAUGGAGGUGUAUAUGGCUGGGAUUUGAAAAGAAAAAUAAUCAGCCGCGGGGCCAAUUUUAUAACUCAGAUUUUGCUCAGACCAGGAGCAUCUGAUUUAACAGGAAGUUUCAGGUUAUACCGAAAAGAAGUUCUACAGAAAUUAAUAGAAAAAUGUGUUUCUAAAGGCUAUGUGUUCCAGAUGGAGAUGAUUGUUCGGGCACGACAGCUGAAUUAUACUAUUGGCGAGGUUCCAAUAUCAUUUGUGGAUCGUGUUUACGGUGAAUCCAAGUUGGGAGGAAAUGAAAUAGUCUCUUUCUUGAAAGGAUUAUUGACUCUCUUUGCUACUACAUAAAAGAAAGUUGUUCAUUAUACUUAUGUUGAUUUCAUUUAAACAUAAAAGAAGCCUGGUUGCUGAUUUUUAUAAAAUGUACUCUUAGAGCAUAAAUCAUAAGGUAAGGUAAAUUUCAUACAAAUCUUUUUUCUGAGGAAACUCCAUUUUAUAUGUCAAAUUAAAUUAGAAAAAUGAGCAGUGUUCUCAAUUUCCAUUUGAUUUUGCUGUAUUAAGACUUGUAAAUAAAUGUAUUUGGGUUUUUUGUUUUUGUUUUUUUUUUUUCAGAAAAUAUUGCUUUCAUUAGAGUAUAUGAGUGCAGAAUUUCUUACGUGGGAAAGAUUUUGAAGUAUAUAAAGAACUGGAUUCAUAGCUCUUUGUAAUAGAUGUCAGAAGUAAGAAUAAUGUUAAUUAUAUUCAUGAAAUAUAUAUGCCUGUUUCUGUAUGAAUGAAGAAGUAGACACCUCUGCCCCUUCUUUAAAAAUGUAUUGCAAAUUUCUUAAACUAGAUAAAACAGUAUGUUUAGGUCAUGAAUUUAAAGUUGGGCUGUUUGUA